AUGAGAAGGCUGUUUUCUCCUCCAGAACAAUUGCACAACAAUAUUUUCAGGCCGCCAUCCAAGGUGUUGAAGGAGGUGUUGAAGGCAGCCCUGAUGCCGCCAUACAGGGUGCUGAAGACAGCCCUGAUGCCGCCAUACAAGGUGCUGAAGACAACCCUGAUGCCGCACCUUGCGAUUCUCCAUCGUCUGACAAAGAGAUACACCUAUCCGCCGAGACCAGAGUGCCACUUUCCGCUCAGCAUCAUUUGCUCACAACGGUCCCCGCUUGAGCUAGAAGCUGCUUGCUUUGAGUUUGCCAGAGCCAAGAUGCCAGCUGUCCUGGAAAAAAAUGACUGGACCUGUGCGGAGGCCACAGAGCUCAACCUGAUUGCAAGGGCGCUGGGCAAGUAUCAAAAGCCCCUGCCCGGGGUCGCAAGGCUGCCUAGGGGCGUAACUGCAGGCAAAGUCCUAAGAGCUAUGGAAAACAUCAGGCAUGCUGCUGUACAUCGAGAGUACUUGAAAGCUAAGGACUUGUGGGCUAUGCUGAGAGAUGGCGAGAGUCUGCUGAUCUUGCUCAAGAACGAGGGCCGUCUAGCUUCUAUGAAGAGCUUAAGAGAGGAGGUCACCAAGUAUAUUUUGAAGCUGAAAGAGGAUGAGACGGAUGUUAAGGAAAGCAUUGCAACAGCCCAUAACUUUGCGGCUGUGCAGAUUGCACGUCUGAAGCAGCAAGAGGCUGAAGCUGUCGCUCAAGCUGAGGCCCGGCGAGCCGCAUUUCGAUGCUCAUAUGGCGAACAAAUCACUGCCCUGGUUGCAAACUUCCAUGUCAAGGGGGCGACGCAGAUUCGGCAGCCAUCGUUUGAGGCCGCUGCUGCAGCAUUUUUGUUGUUCUUUGCGCGCUUUAUGAGAAGCGCGUUUAUGUUGGUGUUUGACAUUUUGUGUCGCCUAUAUGCCGUGCUGGCAGGAAUUUUUCUCUGA